GAGAGUAGGAGAGUUGGAGAGUGCGAGAGGCAAGCAGGGAGGGGAGAUCGAGAGGAGUCGCGCACACUCCAACACCACAAGGCUGUUAUGCGAACCCGAUGCGCGCAACAGAUUUGCAUGCCAGCGCACUAGGGGUAUUUUUAAUUUAAAUUGCUGCAACUCAGACAAUAUUGCAUGUGAAUGCAUUCUUGCAGUGAAGAUCGAGGAGCAAUGCAACGGGGACCACCACACCCAGUUGCCUAAAUUAAAUCUGGAAGUGACCUCUGCAACAAUUUGGAGCUUUUUCCUGCUUGGUUUCAACCACAAAAGGACAUAAUGACGGGACUUUUUCAACUGAGAAUGUGGGGUUUCUUCAUCGUUUUAGUGCUGUUAACGCUUCACGCAUCUGGUAAGACACUACGAUAUCAGAUUUACGAGGAACAGAAGGUUGGCACAGUUAUUGCUCGUUUAAAAGAUGAUGUCGCGGAUGUUCUGGCUAAACUUCCAAGCUCAGUGUCGCCGCGCUUCCGAGCAAUGCAAAGAGGGAGUUCCUCGUUUCUCACUGUGCGCGAUCAGGACGGAGAAAUAAGCAUCAAAUCCAGAAUUGAUAGAGAAAAACUUUGUGAAAAGAAUCUCAACUGCUCGAUCCAAUUCGACGUGCUCACGUUGCCUACGGAACAUCUGCAACUGUUUCACGUGGAGGUGGAAGUUUUGGACAUCAACGACAACGCGCCACAGUUUGCCCGCGCCAUAAUCCCGAUUGAAAUAUCCGAGAGCGCGUCUGUCGGAGCGCGCAUCCCCCUGGACAGCGCCACGGAUCCAGACGUGGGCGAAAACUCCCUGUACAGCUAUGCCUUAGAGCCCAACCAUUUUUUUAAUAUUGAAGUACAGUCCAGAACCGAUGGGGCAAAAUAUGCUGAGCUGGUGGUACUCCGAGAACUGGAUCGGGAGGUACGCUCCAGUUAUGAACUUCAGUACACGGCUUUUGAUAGGGGUGUUCUAUCCAGAACAGGAACCACCCUGCUUAAGAUCAAUGUCGCAGAUUCAAAUGACAACAGCCCGAUCUUUGACAAGUCCUCAUACGUGAUCAAUCUUCCUGAAAAUGCACCUGUUGGAACACUGUUAAUUGAUUUGAAUGCCACUGACGCUGAUGAUGGGACAAACGCCAAAAUAGUCUAUUCAUUCAGCAGUCACGUGUCCCCCAAAAUCAUGGAGACGUUCAAAAUCAACCCUGAUAGUGGUCACCUGACCCUCAUUGCUCGUGUAGACUAUGAAACUACUAAUUCCUAUGAUAUUGAUGUGCAAGCACAGGAUAUGGGUCCAAACUCCAUGCCAGCCCACUGCAAGAUCCUGGUCAAGGUGGUUGACGUCAACGACAAUAAACCAGACAUUAGCAUUAAUAUCAUGUCCUCACAGGGCAACGGAGAUGCAGCUUAUAUAUCAGAAGCCGCUCCACUGGACACAUUUGUGGCUUUAGUGAGGGUGGAGGACCUAGACGCUGGUCUUAAUGGAGAGGUGGAGUGUAAGCUUCAUGGUCAAGGUUAUUUCAAACUCCAGAAAACAUACGAAAACAACUACAUGAUUCUGACUAAUGUGUCUCUGGACCGAGAGAAGAGGUCAGAGUUCAGUCUGACGGUGAUGGCAGAGGACCGAGGGACUCCAAGCCUCUCCACAGUCAAACACUUCACUGUGCAUGUAACCGAUGAAAAUGACAACCCACCGCAUUUUGAGAAGGGGCAGAUUGAGAUCUUUAAAGCAGAGAACAAUGCUCCAGGGGCAUAUUUGACCUCCAUCCUGGCAACAGAUCCAGAUCUGGACGUCAACGGACAAGUGAUCUACUCCAUCCUGGAGAGCUCAAUUCAUGGGAACUCCAUUUCCACAUAUGUCACCAUCGACCCUUCUAACGGUGCAAUCUAUGCCCUGCGUACAUUCGACAGGGAGGAUGUGAGCCGCAUCUCCUUUAUUGUGCAGGCCAAAGAUGCUGGAACGCCACCGCUGUUCAGCAAUGCCACCAUUGUUCUCAACAUCCUAGAUGAAAAUGACAACCCCCCAGUGAUUGUGGUCCCUCAGCUGUGGAACUUUAGUGCUGAUGUACCAGUGUCAAAGUUCACUGAAGCUGGACAUCUUGUAACUGUUGUCAAGGCAACGGACCGUGAUAUGGGGAUAAACUCUGAGCUUGUUUGCUCCAUCGUCAGUGGCAAUGAAGAGGCUUUCUUCAAUAUUGAUCCAAGAACAUGUGAAAUUCGCGCCAACGCCAGUCUGGAGAACUUCCCUCAUGAGCAUGCUGAGAUAACUGUUGUGGUGAGAGAUCAUGGAAGUGAGAGCCUGAGUGCCAAAGCAGUUCUCAGGAUAAACCUCUAUGAGAAUAUAGAGAACCACGUCCAAGAGAUGGACCAAGGGGAGUCUCCACUUGAUGCAUCACUGAUUAUCAUCAUCUCCCUGGGGGCCAUCUGCGCCGUGCUGCUGGUAAUCAUGGUAGUGUUUGCUGCUCACUGCAACAGAGAGAAGAAGGAGACAAGGCAAUCUUAUAACUGUCGGGUCGCUGAAUCAACCCACCAGCACCACCCGAGGAAGCCCUCACGGCAGAUCCACAAAGGAGACAUCACCCUUGUUCCCACUGUGAACGGUACCCUACCAAUCAGAUCCCAUCACCGCUCGCCUUCAGAUACACCACCAUUGGACCGAGCCCAGAUGGGGACCAGGCAGUCUCACCACAGUCACCAAUCCCUUAACAGCCUAGUGACAAUUUCAUCCAAUCACAUUCCAGAGAGUUUUGCCCUGGAGCUGGCGCAUACAACUCCACAGGUGGAGCAAGUCUCACAGCUUCUGUCCAUGCUCCAUCAGGGCCAGUACCAACCCAGACCCAGUUUCCGUGGCAACAAAUACUCUCGCAGCUACAGGUAUGCAUUACAAGACAUGGACAAGUUCAGCCUAAAGGACAGUGGACGUGGGGACAGCGAGGCGGGGGACAGUGAUUGUGAAAUGGGGAGAGAAUCCCCCGUGGACAGGCUGCUGCUGGGAGAAGGAUUUUCUGACCUGAUACAUCUCGAAAUGCACCACCGCCUUCAUCCAGCAAUGAGACUGUGCACGGAUGAAUGCCGGGUACUGGGACACUCUGACCAGUGCUGGAUGCCUCCAGUCUCCUCACCCGCGUCCUCGUCAGACUACCGCAACAACAUGUACAUCCCAGGGGAAGAGUCUUCCCAGCAACCCCAAACUGAUGAUGACCAGUCCUCGGAAGAGUCAGAUCAACUCAAGAGUUUUUCCACUUUUGGAAAGGAGCCUGGGAGUGAGGAGGACGGGCCAGCGAGAGUUGCCGCUGGAGGAGGAAGUGAAGGAUGUACACCAGCAGGAGGCGCUGGCUCACUACUCACGGAAAUGAACAGUGUCUUCCAGCGGCUCCUACCUCCUAAUAUGGACUCAUAUAGUGAGUGCACUGAACCAAGCCCAACUUCAUCAUCCUCAACUGGCGAGAAAGGAAGCGGACGCAGUGGCAACAUUUCCGGUAACCAUAGCAACAUCGCCGUUCCCCAGGACAGCCGUAGAGGCUUGUUACCAGGUGGGAAGGGUCCUGCUUACCCCCCAGGUGUGGCCACAUGGGCAGCCAAUACCCACUAUCUAAAUCCAGGAAAUGGAUCUGUGGGGAACAACCACGUAUCCCCAGCCCCUCCCACAUCCUCCACCUCCAGUAACGGACAGCCACCACACCUCAAAUGGCUCCCUGCCAUGGAAGAAAUUCCAGAGAACUAUGAGGAAGAUGAAUUCGAUGGUGUGUUCUACCAGGGUGGCAAACGUGGCGAGAACCGCCAGGAGACAGGCAUGGAUGCUAGCGAGCUGGUCCAUGAAAUAAACAAACUACUGCAGGACGUCAGGCAGACCUAGAGAGUAAAAUACAUAAGGAGGUUUCUUCUGAGUCAUUUGACCACCUUUGAAAGAAAAUUCAAUGUGCAAACAUACAUAAUCAAUGUGAUAAACGCUUUGUGCUUAUCGUAAUGGCUGUCUCGUUGUUUUACCAAAUAUCUUCUCACCAUUUUGAGAUGAGAGACUUGAAGAGUAAAACACUGCACUGCAACAGAAGUGGCACAAUGACCUCAAAACAUAAAAAAUAAGGAAAACAGACAAUUGUUGUUGUGUUUGUUAGUGAUUUUGAGGGAGAAUCCACCAAUUAACUCCCUGUCAUUAUUUGUAAUGUUUACAGAUGCCAGUGGGAGAAACCAACUGUUAUGUGGUCUGGUUUUACAAUGUACAACAAAUGUACAGUGUCUGUGAGAAAUGACCGCUUCACUUGAAUAUUGUGCUAUGUGUCUUGUUUUGUUAUCAUGGAAUGUAACUGUACAAAUUGAUCUUUGUAUUUUAAAAAACACUUUUUCUAUAUAUUUAUAUGUGUCCAUGUAUGUUUGUACAGAAAAAGAAAACAAAUGUCUAUUUUUUAUAUUGUCACUGCAUGUCUAAAUAUUCAGUGUGUAUCUCUUUCUUCUGCUUUGUUACUUUUAUAAAACAAUUGUAUUUAAUUUUGUAUUGAAUGUUUGUGAGCACCAUUUAAAAAAAAUCACAUUCCAAUGAAGUUCCAUGUUGAAAUAUGGUUUUGUAUAGUGUCCUUAUGACAAAGGCAAAUAAAGUAGAACGAUCAAUAAUGUAA